UUUUACACAAAGUCAACAGCUGGAUUUUCACAAAUGAGGACUUAUGAUUAUCGUCUGCAAUUAGGACGAUUAGGACCAACAGAUUAAAAGUUUUUGUAGGAAAACAGUUCCGGACUGUUGGCUGCUCUGGUUGUGUUGUCAAUUGCUCAAAAGUUGGUUAUGUUGACCAAUGUUGGUGUAGAGGUUAAGUACGUGAUCGGAAAAGGAGUGAUUACUAAUUUUCCAGGUAGCCAAAAAAUGAUAUACAAGGCAGAACUAGAUUUUGAUUGUCAUAAGAGCCUUUCCCUGUUUUUGCUCAAGGACGUACAGAAUGCUGCCGAAAUUAGAGAAAUGGUGACGAAGGGCACUUUGCACUGCUGUGUUAUAAAGCCUUGUUUGAUAGUGCAUCCUUUUCAGAUUGUUAUAGCUGCAAACAAAGCUGUCAUUAGCAAAAUGCAAGACAGGAUGACUACAAGAACACUUUCCACGGAGAUUUUGUAUAACUUGUCGAUCUCUAGAAACAUAACCCAGUCUCUGAUGAAAUUUGGAAUUGGAGAAUCAGAUAAGACCAUGUUGGUAAGCAUAAUUGAAGAAGCUGGCGAGAAUAGAAGUGAAAUUAUACUUUCUCACUUUAAAGGAGUUUUAUGCCCAAUUGAGGAGCUGUGUAACUUUUCUGAUGAAGUGUUAAUUAAAAUGGCAUAUAAAAUUAAGGAUUCUGAAUUGGAGGUGUCUUCACUUACCGACUCCAUUAUUACAAGAAUUGUUACAAGCGAUUUUACUUCAGUGUAAUAAUGUCUCCUAACAUCCCUGAUGUAACCCAUUUGUCAAAGACUACAGUACAGACCCAUGCUUUUUAAGAUCAGAAUUACAGUAUAUUAGUAGACUACAUAUCUAUUUAUUGUAUGUAUGCAAGGUUUGUAUUGGAAAAAAGUUUUGUAUUAAUAUAUUUUCUGAUGUUGUGCAUAUGAAAUCACACGAAGAGAGUAUAUAGCAGCACAGAAUUAUCCUUGUGUUACACUAUUCACCAUAUCAAAUGUCAAAAUUCAUAUUCGUGUUUUGUUCCACAUACUAAUUUUAUGUAUACGAUGUCAGAAGUUUCCUAAUAAACCUAAAACAGUAGCCAAGAAAUUGCAAGUUCUCAGUAACAGUGAAUUAAAAGUAUUUCUCUCAACCAGUUAUGUUAAAGUGAUUGUUCUUACUUUAAUGGCAACAGAUGUUCAUAAUGAUACCUCUCUGACUGAAAGCAAGCUUCAUAUCUUGUCAGAACUUAUUCAAACUCAUUUGUUGAAUAUUUUCCCGCAGUUCUUCCGCCAUUUAUGGACUUCUGAUAAAGUGUGCUUUCCAGCAUUUCCCACAAGUAAAAAUCACAUGGGCUUAAACCUUCAUCGACUGAUUAGCCAUGUCUUUUAUGAGAACCAUUUUUAAUUUUUCCUUUAUCUGCCAGGCCUUGGAAAAGUGUCUGAAUAUUAAAUUUACAUAAUGUUGAGAACUUACGAUUUCAUUAAAAGAGUGGCUCGAUUACUCUCUUGGAUGUAACUGUACACCAGACUAAACCUUGAAGGUCAUGAAGAGGUUGUUCAUGCAACUAAUGUGGAUUUUCUCAACUCCAGCAGCAGUUCUGAGUGUGCACAUAGCAACUUAAAUGCAGCCGUGCUUCAUCACUAAAUAAAACACUUCUGGGUUAGCAAUUCCAUCAUGCAUGGAUUCCAGCAACCAAUUGCAGAAAUGAAUUUUAAUGCAAUUACCAUGAUUCAUGAGUCUCUGAUCAACAGUUAUCAUGUAUGGUUGCACUUUCAGAAGACUUGCUGUUGUGUGAGCAACUUCCGGUGAUACUUAGCUUGUGGACCUAAUCAUGUCAGAGCUCUUCUUGGGCUUCUUUGAAAUGCACCUGAUUUUCUUUCAUAAAUAAAGCCUAUUUCUUAUUACUCAUUUUGUUCAAUGAUGAUUCCACACUAUGAUUUUUUUAACAUAUAUAUAUAUAUCAAUGACUGCUAAGAACAUUAACAACAGAAAAAUUUUAGUGAAAUUUAUGGCAUUAUAUUCUGUAGGAUGAAUUUUAUCAUGUUUUGACUGAGAACAAAGAAUACACAUGGCUUAGAAGGCUCCUAAACGCUAUAUUCUCAGUGUAAAGCAACUACAAGGAACAGACUUGAGAUUCACAUGAAGCAGGGGUUUAUGGCUGAAUAGUAUGUACCAAUCACUUGUAGUCCUCUUCCAACUACAAUGCAGUUACCUCAGUAUGGAUGUAAAUGACACUAAAGUAAAGAUGUCCCUGUACUUAAAUAAUUAAGCGCUACACCACGAAGGCAUAUUGAGGGUGGUAGGUGGAUAUACAGACCCAGAUUUUCUUGACAUCUGCACUCGAUGGAGAUGAGUGGUCAGCUUCAUGCCCCAGCCAUUUUACCCCUUAGGAAAGAGGCCCCAGGUAUCCACUGGAUAGGUUGGGUAGACCCCCAGAGCCUGUCUGGACGACAUGGAGAAGUGAAAAUUCUUGACCCCAUCGGGUGCUGAACUCCGACCUUUUGGUUGUUCAGCCCGUAGUCAGUCACUAUACUGACUACGCUAUCUCACUAAAAUGUCAAAAUAUAUAUUUAUAUACACAUUCUGUGUUUAUGCACUACAUGUUUCAGCCACACAAGGCCAUCUUCAGACAACACAUUUUUAAGGAAUCCACUGCACUUUGUCAAAUAGUACUCUUUAAAAUACGUCAUUAUUAUUAUUAUUAUUAUUAUUCUAUAUGUAAUUCCAUAUACUCAUUCUAACCUUUUAAUUGGCCUCUGUGCUGUUAAGUUGUACAUAAUUAAACAUGAAUUGAAUUGAUUUAAAU